AUGGCAUUUCACGAUCCUAUUCCUAAACAAAGUUACAAAAUUAAAGUAACAUUUCCAAAGAGAAGACUUAAAAAAAUGAGACUGUAUUUGUUAUGUAAUCUCUAGAUGGAUAAAAUAUAACUAAUGAAAGAGAGAGAGGAUAUGCAAGGGUCGGUAUAAUUGAAUGAUUUGAAUAUCUUGGGACUCAAAGAUUAUUAUUUGGGAUCCGAUGAUAAUCAUUCGGAAACCAAACCUAAACCAAACUAAGAAAACUCUGAAAGUCCUCGCUUUGAUUUUGAAUAAAAUGAAUACUUUAACAAUACAUUAGAUCAACUAGGCUUUAAAUUAAAUGAAGUGAUUGGCCACUACUUAAAUGAACUCACUUCUCAACCCAGAUUGUCAUUAGAUUCGAUUUCAUUGUAAAAUAGUGAAAAUUUAGAUGAAGAACAAUAACAAUAAAUUCUAGAUUUUGAAUUAAAUGCACUCAGAUAACGUAUUUACAAACAAAUUGUGGAUAAAAUAAAUCUCUCUGUUAUUUAAUCUGUAAAAUCAUUUGGUUCAUCUUGCUAAUUGAAUUCGCAAUCAAAUAUCAUUACAACAGCCUUUUCUAAAGAACUCAUCACUAGUACUACUCCUAUCUCACAAAUAUCAUAAAAAUCCCCUCCGAAAUCCUUAUCGAUUUCAUUUUUGGAUAUCCAAUCGCAGCUGCAUCAAAGUAUUCAUUCUAUUCAAACUAAAACAAACAAAAAAAUUGAUGAUCAACCAAACACACCUACUGAAAGUGACACAUCGAAAGAUGAAUUGUACAAUAAACUUAAAUUUUCAUUAACCUUAAAUUAUUAACAAUAGCAUUUUAAUCAUUAACUAAAAGAAGAAUUGUCGAAAUUGGAAAAAAAGAACCAAAUUUCAGAACACAUUGAGGAUGCAAAUCAUAAUAACAUACUGAAUGAAAAUUAACGAUUAAAAGAAGAAAAUGCAAAAAUGAUUGAAUUCAUUUAGAACACAAUUUGUGAUAAAUGCAAAAUAAUUCCUAAGAAUUUUUGA